AUGCGAGAAGCGACAAAAAAGGAAAAAGACGACGACGAUGAAUCGGAUGAAGUGGACGAAGAGACGCAGAAGAUGCUAAUAACGAUGACGGAUGACGGCGACGAUGGAGAUUCUUGCAUAGCCACAGGGCAUGGGAGAUUAGAUCCUGCAAUGGCACGGUGUGAGAUGUGCAGUCAACUUCAGCAUGCAACCCUCCUGGCACGCAGGUGGCCGUGCUGCUGCUGCUGCCUGAGAGCCACCAAAGCUGAACCUGGACGGGACUCCGUGUUUGAUCUCCAGCUCACAGGGCGCCAAACGGUGCCUGGUUGA